AUGGACAUUCGCGACAUGUUUGCCGCCAGCGGGUUCCUAAGCUACGGCUUGUGGCACCCCCUGGACUCUCUCUCAAGCGUCGGCCCGACACUCAACGAGGCCACCUUCGGCCUCCUCGGUCCCUCCUUCAACCCCGAUCGCGACAUCCCUAGCUUAGAAGGCAAGGUGAUCUUGCUCACAGGAGGAAAUGCGGGAAUCGGCAAAGAAACCAUCCGCCAGCUCUCCAAGCACAACCCAGCCCGAAUCUAUCUCGCCGCGCGCACAGAAAGCAAAGCCCGCGUAGCGAUCGAAUCCAUCCAGAAAGAACUUUCCUCCCCAGCCGAUAUUCGUUACCUCCCACUAGACCUAUGUUCCUUUAAAUCUAUCCGCACGGCCGCGGCCCAGUUCCAGGCCGACAGCGACCGGCUAGACAUCCUCAUUCUCAAUGCAGGCACAAUGGGCAACCCGGCGACGAGAACAGAAGAGGGAUUCGAGGUGCAACUAGGUACGAACCAUGUGGGUCAUUUUUUGCUCACGAAGCUACUUCUUCCUACGCUGCAGGAGACUGUUGCGCGGGAUCGCGCUCAAGGCGUCACGCCUGAUGUUCGCGUUCUGAGCUUGGCGUCUGUCGCACAUGUGCUUAGCCCGACCUCAUUUGAAGGGAUUACUUCUACCGAAUCACUUUUGGCGGGCAGUACAUGGUACCGAUAUGGUGCGUCUAAAGCUGCGAAUAUCUUCUUUGCAAAGGAACUUGCGAGAAGGUAUCCGGAGAUUAUGUCGGUUGCUGUGCAUCCCGGUGCUGUCAACAGUGAGUUAUAUGGGCAUACUAAGGCUCUUGGCUCAUCUGUGAAGCAUGCUGUAGGGAUGGUUGUGGGUCUUUUCUUUAGGAGUACUCCCACUGGUGCUUUCAACUCCUUGUGGGCUGCUACUACUGCUAAAGAGAACUUGGUUAACGGCGCAUAUUACAUUCCUGUUGGAAAUCGCUGCGCGGGUACUGCUUUUGUUCAAAGUCCGGAUAUCCCUGAGAAGCUUUGGGACUGGACUGAGGCGCAGAUUUCCAAGUGCGGCUAA